AUGUCAACGACAACGAAGGAACCGUAUCUAUUGAAUGUGGAUGAGGAAGCUUCGAAGAGGUUAAACUUACAGCAUGGUAUUUUAACCCGAAUGCUCGGUGGAAUUCUUAUCCCUGAGCCUGUGAUUACACGUCUUAAUCAAAUUCAAGAAUCGGGGAGGAGCCAAUCCUAUGACUGGCCGGCGUGCAAGGAAAACACAUAUGUCAAGAUCGCCGAUCUGGCGACAGGAACCGGUAUAUGGCUCUAUUCUAUACGCAAGCAACUCGAAGAAUCCGGCCUCAAAGCGGAGCUCUAUGGCUACGAUUUGCAUGACAACCAGUUCCCGCCGGAGGACAAGAGAGAAGAUGUUGAGUUCCAUAAGUUGAAUAUUCUGGAUACGCCGAAAUUUCAGGAGAUUGGGCCGAUUUACCACUAUAUCCAUGCAAGACUGCUCACGAGCGUGCUCACAAAAGAAGAAUGGAAAGUUGCUAUCGAUAAUUGUUUGGAGAUUCUAAAACCCGGCGGGUUUUUACAUUUCGAGGAGAUUCCGUUCGGAGAACUAUCGAUCGAGAAAGACGGUGUUCCUGCAUCUGGUGGGGUGCUUGAGAAGCUGCAAGCGAGCAUGAAGCUUUUGAAACGUGAUUUAGACUGCGGGCAUAAUAUUUACAACUACCUUGAAGAGCUCGAAUUAUGGGAGACUGAGCAUCGCAAAAUCGAUUUACGUACUUGUGACGAGGAGACAAGGCAGAUGCAGAAUGUCAACGCUCGGCUUGGACUUGAAGAGUUCAUUAAUAACGCUAUAGCACGAGGUCCGGGAGCCCUGAAGCGGCUUGGCUACGAAAGCAAAGAAGCGGCAUUGGAAAGGAUGGCAAGUCUGGGGAAGGACCCUGGAACCCAAGCAUACUUCGUCCUGCAUAGUAUCCUCGGCAAAAAGCCUGGCGGUGUAUUCUCAAUGCAAAUUUCGUGUGGUUGUCCACCACCACCGGUCGAAAGCGACCUCGAGGAGGCAAGGGAAGAGCCAGAAGAGAUGUAUGUACCCGAUCCUGAUCCCGUAUACGAUCAGGAAGGAAAAGAGGAUACAGAAGAACCCCCGCUCAAUUUCGUUGUGCCACGACGGGGACGCUUCCAAGUUUCUUAUGCCGUAAUCUCAGAUAAACCGGACAGCAAAUAA